GUAUAUAUAAUUUGAAAUAUCAAUUUGAAUUGAAAAAUUAUUGAUUUAUAAUUAUAUUCUUACUAAUUCAAUUAGAUCUUCUUCAGAAAGUUUUGGUUUCUCAGGUUCUGAAGAAAGUUCUUCUUCAACUUCAGUAAAAAUUUGAAAUAAGAAAAAAUCAAGAAAAUUUAAUACAAUGUCUUUAUCCUCAAAAGAAAAAAUAUUUCUCGGUUCAUUUAUUCAUACUAACGAAUACGGAAAAUUGAUUGUUGUUGAUCAUGGAAUGAUACAUGUUGAAAAUGGGAAGAUUACUAAUAUAAUAAUAAAUCCGAAAUUAAAUGACAUAAAAGAUAAAAAUGUGAGUGUUCUUAAAAACAACCAAUUUUUAAUACCAGGAUUCAUUGAUUGUCAUAUUCAUGCUGUUCAACUUCCUAAUCUAGGAAUUGGAUAUGAUAAAAAACUUUUAGAAUGGUUGGAACAUUAUACUUUUCCUUUAGAGAAAAAAUAUAUAGAUGAAAUAUUUGCUGAACAAGUAUUUAAUACAGUUGUAAAACAAACUAUAAUAAAAGGUACAACAACAGCAUGCUAUUUUGCAUCUUUAUAUUCAAGAGCAUCUGUAAUACUUGGACAGAUAGCAAUUAAUAUAGGUCAACGUGCUUUUAUUGGGAAAAUAAGUAUGAAUGAAAAACGUAAUGAUAAUUAUUAUGAAACUACUGAAGAAUCUAUGAAAAAUAUAAAUAAAUUUAUAGAAGAUUUGAUUAAAUUAAAUAGCCCUCUCAUAAAACCAAUUAUAACACCAAGAUUUGCUUUAAGUUGUGAUAUGACAUUAAUGAAGGAAUUAGGAAAUUUAGCAAAACAGAAAAAUCUUCAUAUACAGACUCAUAUAUCAGAAAAUUUAAAUGAAAUACAAGAAGUAAAGAAAAAAUAUCCUGAAUAUUCUUCAUAUGCAGAUGUGUAUGAUAAUGCAGGACUUCUUACAGAUAAGACAGUGUUAGCUCAUGGAAUAUAUCUUUCGGAUGAUGAAAUUGCAUUAUUAAACGAACGUGGUGCAGCAGUUAUACACUGUCCUUCGUCAAAUACAUGUUUAAAAAGUGGUCUUUGUGAUGUUCAAAGACUAAAAAGUAAAGGAGUUAAAAUUGGUCUUGGCACUGAUAUCUCAGGUGGACAGAGUUGUAGUAUCUUAGAUGUAAUGAAAUCAGCUUUACAAGUAUCAAGUCAUUUAUCUUUAAUUAAGGAUAAUUAUAAAGCUCUUGAUUAUAAAGAUGUAUUUCAUAUGGCUACUUUAGGAGGUGCAGCAGCACUUGCGAUUGAUAAUCAGAUAGGAAAUUUUGAAAUAGGUAAAGAAUUUGAUGCUCUUGUUGUGGAUAUAAAUGUAAAUGAUGGACUUUUAAAUACUUUUCAAAAUAGUACUUUAGAAGAACAACUUCAAAAAUUCAUAUAUUCUGGUGAUGAUCGUAAUAUAGUUGAAGUAUACGUAAGAGGAUGUAAAGUUAAGUAAAAAUAAUAUACAU